ACAAGAAGGUGUCACUUGGUGAAGAUCAGCAAAGAGAGAUUUGACUUUACUGUGGACUACAUAUGUCAAAUAUUGCGUCAAGAAAAUGAUGUCUAUAUUGAAAUUCAACAACCUUUUGAGCCAGGUGUUAAAUACAAUGUUCAAUGCAAAGACAGAGGAAGUAGUGAAGAAGAUGUUGAAAAUACACAGAAAGACACAAAAUCUUGGCAGAAAAAACUCAGUGAUCACACUAAUGAAAAGGGCAACAGAGGGAGAAAAAAAGCAUCAAAAUAUGUCCAGGCACAAAUUUGAGAGGCAUCACUCUGAAGAUAGCUGCCCACCAAGCCCAUCUCAGUCAUUAUUUAGAACAAAUAGUAUCAGUAGCAACAUUCACACAGCAUCAGAAUCUGACACGAAUGUCGUUACAAAUGAAAGGAAAAUGGAGAAACAACAAGCAGACGACGAUGAUGAUUCAUCAUACAGACCUGAUUCCACUCUUAACAUCAUUCCACAUCACACAGUGUUGGAUCCCAAUGACAGUUUGACAGCAAAGCUGAAGGAGCAGGAGGAAAGGCUGCACAAGCUGCAGAAACAAUUGCAAGAUCAGGACCAGAAACAUAGAGAAGAACAGGAGGAAGUAAAGAAAACAAUCGAAGACCUGAGGAAUGAGCAGAAAGAGAGGAGACUGCAGGCUGGAGGAUUCCAUCAUCUUGAUGAGUCUGUUACUGAUGUGGGAGAGAUGUCUCAUGCCACUGACGCAAGGGACUUGACAGGGUCUGUUGCUCUAAAACCUCCUUAUGAAGAAGACAAGCAUACCAGUCUGACGCUGGUGAACACACAGAAUAAAGACACCAAGCACAAAUCACUUGCUCUUCUAGAGAUGAGAAAAUCCUUGCCGCCUAUCAAAGAGAGAGAAGAAGUGCUAGCCAGGUGGAUGGAUGAGGGUUGGUACUACAGAGGGAGGACAGUGUUGAACUGCCAAGACUUCAGCUACAUGGUGGUGGACAGUACUGGAGAAGCAGAGAGAAUUUGGAGAGAAGACAUCAUAACUGAAUCAGAUGAUGCAAAUAGAAUCAUUAAUGUUGGUGACACUGUGAUUGGCCUACAUCCAAGCUACAGUUUCAGCUAUGCUCCUGCCUUCAUCAUUGAGCUUCUCCCUCAACUGAAUGUACGUGCUCGCUUCUAUGACAACAAAAUAGCUGUGUUGCAACGUGAUGAAGUGUUCAAGAUCCCACAGGUGAAAUACAGACAUGACAUAAGGGAGAUACACAAGUGUGAAAAUGAGUGGGUUGGACAAGCAGUGGUGGCACGCCAUGAUCUGACAGGAGUCUAUCGCAUAGGCACAGUUAUUGAAAAGGUUCCUGCAAAACCAAAAUACAGGGUAGAAUGGUGUGAUGGAACCAACAGUAUGCAGAGUCCGGUGCACAUGUUUGGGGCUUUCACUCGAAGACACAAACUAGCACUUGGUGAGAGGAUACUGGCACUCAGAGAUUAUGAGGCUCUGACUUACCUUCCAGGUGUUAUCACUGGUAUAGAUGGCAGUAACCUUCAAGUUCAGUUCUGUGAUGGAGCAAUAUUGAAUGGAAUUAUAGCAGAUGAAAGCUACUGGCUCAGUGUCACCUACUACGACAGUGUUGUGUGCUGCUUCAGAUGCUCCACAGAAUAAUCCAGUAUUAUAAUAUUUACAAUAUUCUCUACCACAAGAGUAAGAAUGGUAUGACAAGAUUUAGUCAUUCUGGUAGGUUUGACCUAUAUUUGAACCGGCAAUGCAGUUUGAAGCCAUAAACUGAGAAGUAUGUUUAAGUUAACUGGCUUUUCCACUGCAUGUUGUUAAGUUGGUCAGACCAUUAGCUUCUUGUGAUAGUUGGAAUAUAAAUGUCAGGUGAAAAUUGAUGCUGAAGUGGAACACUUUUAUGGAUAGACAACCUUUUUGUUGCAGUAGUAGU